GCAUAUUUUCAUGGAUAUUAUCCGGAUGCGCGCAGCUUCAAAACAACUUGGGAAGGUUGACUUUUUAUUUUCAAUGCAUGCUUUAAUGCAUCAAUGCCUUGAGUUACAAAAAUAAAUAGGCUACGUGAAUGCCUUUAGCACAGCUAUUGCAUGGGCAUGCUUUGAUCAAGAGAGGAACCUACAGUACUAUAUUGCUGAAGCAUGUCACUGCAGGCACCUUGCGAUUGCUUGCUUAGGUUAAAACACUGAGCACAGCCGGUGUGAUGUGUUUAUCGUGGUUGCAUGAGCUUGGAUUCUGAAUAUGUGUCCAAAAAUCACAAAACCUUAUUUUGGGGCAAUAACACGUUUAGACGGACGCCGUCUUUGCGAGAAAAAAAAAUCAUGACUGGGAACGUAUUUGAAACGUACGUGAUGCUCUAUGGUUUGUACCCAUAAGAUGACAUGGGCACCUUUGCUCAACAACAAGAUGUUGCCACUCCUCAGAGCAUCAAUUUGGCCAACUAACUCGAGUGGCAACACGUAUUCAGGCAAUUUCUUGUGGUAAAUGUUACUAUGUUGUGUGAUGUGAGCAUGUCUGAGGCGACGCCCAGCGCAACCAGCUGCCCUGUUUCUUUGCAGAUCUCUGAAUUGAGUCGAGGCAACACUCCCGCUGUUGCAGAAAACGUCACAUCUUAUGAGGACACAGGGGGCGUCAGAUUUUGCUGACCUUAGCAUCUUUGGACCAUUGCAAUGGGAAGCUUAUGAAAAGAACACCUUAAGGCUGGUUCGUUUAUUUAAGACAUGCAGCUGUAAUCCGUUCGCGCUGAAGGCUGCGGUACGGGUGGAUAUAUUCGAGUCCAGCGCAGCAGUUCUGGCGCAGCGGGCGGGUGGAAGACCAGGAUCAUUGCAGUACCUGUAAUGAAUGCACGCUGAAAGACAGCUGUCCCUGGACACGAGACGUUUAUUGGUUCUGCUGGUGUCAUGUAAACAAGUCGAUCGACACAAUCAUUUUGCACAUGAUUUUCCCGGCGCGCGUAUGCAGCUUUUCCUGGAUUUGAACACAAAUGAGAGGUGUCCACGAGUAAGAGGCCCACAAUUUCCUUGUUUUUUUCAGGCACCACACCGUAGCAUCCUGACCACAAAUAGCAGGUUGCAUUCAUUCACAGCAUGACUGUUGCCACAGGCGACCCAGUUGAUGAAGCCGCAGCACUUCCGGGUCAGCCACAGGACACGUAUGACCCGGAACCGGACCAUGACUGCUGCGAAAGGGUGGUCAUUAACAUCUCUGGCUUGCGCUUUGAGACGCAGCUCAAAACUCUGUCUCAGUUCCCAGAGACGCUGCUCGGAGACCCCAAAAAGAGAAUGCGCUAUUUUGACCCUCUGAGGAACGAGUACUUUUUUGACAGGAACCGCCCGAGUUUCGACGCAAUUCUGUACUACUACCAAUCGGGCGGCAGGCUUCGAAGGCCAGUCAAUGUGACAUUGGAUAUUUUUUCAGAGGAAAUACGUUUUUACGAGCUUGGGGAAGAAGCUAUUGAGAUCUUUAGAGAGGAUGAAGGAUUUAUCAAAGAGGAGGAAAAGCUUCUGCCGGAAAACGAGUUUCAAAGGCAGGUCUGGCUGCUGUUUGAGUAUCCUGAAAGUUCAGGUGCUGCCAGGAUUAUCGCUAUCAUUUCAGUCAUGGUCAUUCUCAUAUCUAUAGUCAGUUUUUGCCUGGAGACACUUCCGAUUUUCCGCAAUGAGGAAGUUGACACGCAAAAAGAUUCCACAAGCAACUCCAACUCAACAGUUAUCUACACCUCCAGCUACUUUACUGACCCUUUUUUCAUCCUGGAGACCCUUUGCAUCAUUUGGUUCUCCUUUGAGUUCUUGGUUCGGUUCUUUGCGUGUCCCAGUAAAGCAGGCUUUUUUGUCAAUAUAAUGAACAUUAUUGAUAUUGUGGCUAUAAUACCUUACUUUAUCACCUUGGGCACUGAGCUAGCAGAGAAGCCAGAGGAUGGUCAACAAGGACAGCAAGCCAUGUCACUUGCCAUUUUGAGGGUCAUCCGAUUAGUGCGAGUAUUUAGGAUCUUCAAACUUUCCCGGCACUCGAAAGGCCUACAGAUCCUCGGCCAGACGCUCAAGGCAAGCAUGAGGGAGCUCGGCCUGCUCAUCUUCUUUCUUUUUAUCGGAGUCAUUCUCUUUUCUAGUGCAGUCUACUUUGCGGAAGCAGACGAGCCAGACUCGCAGUUUAUAAGCAUCCCUGAUGCGUUCUGGUGGGCAGUUGUCUCCAUGACGACAGUGGGGUACGGUGACAUGGUACCGACUACCAUCGGAGGCAAAAUUGUAGGAUCCCUGUGCGCUAUCGCUGGUGUGCUGACUAUCGCUUUGCCCGUACCUGUCAUAGUCUCAAACUUCAACUACUUUUAUCAUAGGGAGACUGAAGGUGAAGAGCAGGCCCAGUACCUCAAUGUGACCAGUGUCCCCAAGGUAGAUUCCUCUGAGGACUUAAAAAAGAGCCGCAGCGGGUCAACUAUGAGUAAGUCCGACUACAUGGAAAUUCAAGAGGCUGUUAACAACAGCCACGAGGACUUCCGAGAGGAAAACAUCAAAACUGGCAACUGCACGCUUACCAACACUAACUACGUUAACAUCACCAAAAUGCUCACAGAUGUAUAACUGCUUCAAACUGCCUUUACCUAGAAGGUAGGAAGAAGAGCUUUGGGUAGGGGGAUUACACACCCCAGUUUUGAAGGCUUAGAUGCCCAGUGCAAGAAUUUGGGGACAGGAGAACUGAAAUAAGUCAGUUUAACCGGAAGGAUAAACGAAGAAGACCAGUCCAUCAUUUCAUCCCAUUUCCUUCUCGCUCCUCCUCCAGUUGUGGAAAACUUGAUUGGUGGGGAGCGUUGUUCUGCAUCCUUGUGUUCAGUGUCUGCAUGGAGUUUGUCUAGUCUGUGUGACUGUUCUAGUAGUCAUUCUGCUUGCAACAGUAGCCAAAUCGUAGCCUAACAAAAAGAUACAAGCGUAGCAUAGAGGGACCAAUACCUAAAGCCAAUUCCCUCAUUCACUGCCAACCCGAGGACUCCUGCUGAGCAUCCCAGAGUGUAUCUUUACUUUUGGGAAAAACAACAAUUUUGUCUCUCCAAAUUGUAAUCAGUUGCAUAAAAGACAUGGAGGAGAAAACACACUUGGGAAUAUUCAUGAUGAAGGAUGUAUGUCUCCGUGAAUGCACAAACAUGCUGCCAGCAAGAACAGCAUACCGAAACUUUUACAUUCCAUCUUGUUACGGAGACAUACAUGCACAACCAACACUGGGGGCCUGGAGGGGUUAUUACAAUGCCCCUUUUUCUGUAUGUCCUUAUUUCCCUCUUUCUCUGCCAGGGUGGAUCUCAGUGUGUUUCAUAGUAGAGAAAAUAGACUUACAAGUGGAGUGAAGAUUGUUUAGAAGUAGUCCUCCAUACUUUCCAUCACGUCUUUGUUUCACUAUAAAGCAUGACUAGUCCUUCAUUGCAUACUUUUCCCCAUCACUUCCUGUUCCCAGCUUUGUAAGACUUCAUAGCAUUCCAUGUGUAUGAGAAAUGGUCUAAUCCUACAAGCACUGACAGGGGUUGCAAGAGUGUAGAUAUUUUAACUGUGACAUAGCAGCCAACAACAGUAAAACACUAGCUUACUAAGUCAGGGCACCAAAGAUAAAUCCACUGCCGCUGUUUUAAGCAUUUUAUGUUGUUUUUACAUCUUAGUGCCAUUUCAUGGUGCAUCUUGCUCUAGGGUUGGGCCAAUAGACAAUGCCAUCGUCCAUCGCCAUUUAGCAGACAUCACAAUGUUGAGUGGAAUUAUUAUUCCACCCUCCGCAACCCACCCGCAAAAAGCAUCUUAAUCACACUAUAUUUACCAGUGCAAUGCACGCUUAUAAUUUCCGCGCAGUUACUUCAAAUAUUUAAAAAAAUUCUGAUUAUAUAAUGACAUAAUGGAGUUGUUCCCGAUCACAAUACAAUUAUAUUCAAAACUGUUCAAUGAUGUCCGGGAACGGCUGUCGGACUUGCGCGUUUGACCAUAUUUGCCUUCCACCUGCUCCAAGAUGAUGCGCUUCAGGUCGACUAUAAGAGCAUCCUGCUCUGACUCCCUCAGGACACCUUUCAGGUGGGCUAACAUGGGCACAAGUGAGGAAACAGUAACACAGUUUUCUCCAGAGAGAAUAUUUGUAAACUCAGCUACUGGCUUUAACCUGCUGUUACCCGCUUCCAGAACGGAGUGGGCGGUGACUUUUGUCCUGCUUGCACUUGUUUCAGGAUUCUCUCAUUUGCUGUUUGGAGCUCUGAAUGAUACACAGCAAAAAUUAAUUUUCAAUUAAAAAUCUAUAAAUUGGAAAACAGCUUGUUUUUUCAUUAUUUCUAAAAAAAAAAUUAAUAAAACUAAUAUCGACUUGAUAUUUAUAUUUUAAUUUCUAUGCACAUAAUGACUAUGAAAUAUAAAACUCUAAUGAAUUCAAAUUUUAAUUAUUUUUAUUUCCCAUUUAUAAUUUGUGCAUAGAAACAAUAAUAUUACAAACCUAAUUUCUAUUGAUAUUGUCGUAUCUUUUGGCACGCUCCAAAGCAGCUGACCAAAAAAGAGCAAUGCGGACCACACAUCAGAGGAUUAAAACAUUAAAUUGAAUGUUUUCCCGAUGUCAUCGUCCAUGGCAAUGUUUUAUUGUCGACAUUGUCUGAUGCCAAGUUGGUAGACUUGCCCAACCCUAUCUUGCUCUUAAUAUGAUGCUGGAGAAUCUGGAUAAAAGUUGUAUGAAAGUUAUGCUUCCAUGAAUAGCAUUUUUAAGAGAUAGCAAAUAUUCUGCUACUUUUGUGAUGCAUGUCUGGUACACAUUCCUCGUAGCAUGCAUGUAAGCGUAGUAAGAAUAAUGCAUACGCAUAAAACUAGUAAUAAGUAUUCAUAUCUUUAUCGAUAUAAAUAUUUCUCUCUGUGUGAUUAACAGUAUGUGCAAUACUAUAAACGCCUUUUUUUAAGGUUGGACAAUUUUACAGAUAGUUUUCAAUGCUAAUAGGCUAAUACAUUAGUUAAUAAGCAUUUUCAGGGUCUUUGGUUGGUUGAUCUAUGGAAAGAGAGUAUGUUGUACCAAUUAUGAGUUGUUCAAAGCACCACAUUUUGAUAUGGCCUUAAAAACCUUUAAAAACUCUUUUUAUAUCUUAUUUAAUUACAAGGGAUUUGGAUUUAGCAUUUUCUUUUUUUUUUACAGGGAAGUUGUGUAAUGACACCAUUACAUCGUUUACUGUAGUCUUUAUAACUGCAGUUUUGGUUAGAAGUUAAAGACCCGAUGAAAUUUUACAUAGCCGAAAUUCUACUCAUUCUACUCAUUUUAAUUUUUGCCGAUAUGCAAAUUCAAAAUGUCUUUGCUGGGAAAUGGACCAAAGAAUUGUGGAAAUCAUUCCCUGCACAUAAGCAUAUAACAAUUUUGACCUAAAAUGCUCCCUAUAUACGGUCCCUCCAGUUUUUCACAAAUUCAACUAAUUAUUUUUUGCAAUCUUGCAUAAUUUGUCAUUAUAUUGCAAAAUAAAUUAAAUGAUCUAUGGAGCUGUUUAUACCUGGCAUUAAGAUGAGUUUUGGUCAAUCGAAUCACUGGUCAAUCGAAUUUGGUCAAUCGUGGACAAGAGACACCUGGUAUUUUAAUUCUAAAGUCUUUUUUUCUCCACUUUCGACUGCUUCUAUCUUGUUUUUCUGAGGGAGUGAUCUGUUGUCUUUUAAACACGAGUGGGAGUAAUAAUGGGUUUAAAAUGGCGCAAAGUAAUAUUAGGUCAGAGUCCGCUGCUUGUGUUAAGUGCUUUUUCUGAUAAUUCCAAGCAAUUGAUGAAAAAAGCUUGCGCAACUUCUAAACGCUUGCAAAAUUAUGAAAGGGGGCAGUGCAGUCGCUUCAGUUUUAUUAAAUGAAAGCCUAACGAUCAUGCUGAACAUCGUUCUCCAAUAAGUCUGUGAGUUGCCUCCAAAGCACAUUCUAUUAAUAACCUCGAUUUUAAUGUUUAAAUAUUACAUAAUUUUUAUAUUAGUUUGGCUUAUUAUUUUAAACAAUGAUAAAACAUAUCAACAAGUAAAAUAAAAUAAAAUCAACAAGUAAAACAAAAAGUAGACUAUAUCAAAAAAGUACAUGUUUUAUCCAUAUUGUGGUAGACCUUGCUCACAAAAAGGUUGGAGACCCCUGCAUUAGAUCAAUAGGCAGAGAGUAGGCAGUCUUUUGUGGCACAUUCAAACACAAAAUCAAUCCGGUCAAAUGCGUUUUCGACUUCCUCUGAAUGUGGUCGAAAGUGGACGAGCUCAGAACGUUUUACCCCUCGUUUACACCUGUAUUUAAUGUCGUCCAAUUGUGAUUCGAUCAACCAAAAUGCAUCUUAAUACCAGGUGUAAACAGCCUCUUAGAUUUUGUCAUGAUACAAAAUUGACAACUUUGUAAAUUAUUAUUUUUUUUUUUACUUCCGCACGUAAACAGUACCUCUCUCUAGCACGCUGCACCCCACAGUUAACAGCCAAUCACAAUCUCAUGACCACACAAAUCAUCACUGCAAAAGUCGCACACCCCAAAAAAAUCACGAAAUCCUGGUGGGACUGCCUAUAAUGAAAGUCGCUUCUCCGACAUGCUAACUCGACUACUAUAAGAUCAAAACGCAUCCCCAUCGAUGCCAAACAAGGCAUUUUGACUAAAUAAUAUUUAUAUUUUAUACAUAAUAUUUCACCAGUGAAGGGCGUGAAAUAGAUUUUUCCUCCUUUUGCUACAUUAGCCACAUGCUAGUUUUGGCUCUGUUGACUGGUUUAAUAAAACUCCUACUUUUUAUAUUUCCUGCGCUGCAUACGCCAGUCAAACUGCCAUUGAGGUAAAUGGAAAUACUAACAGAUUGCACCCUAUAUGUAUCAUACUGUAAACCUCCUUGAUUUCACCAAUCAACCAGCAAUAGCAAGUGGCAUACUGUCAUUAGGCAUAGUGUCUUAUACUAAAAGAUGUCAACACAGAAAAGAAGAUUGCUUUCGUGAAAUAAUUUCAUGGGGUCUGUAAAGUUUUAAAAUCCAAGGAUGCAGUCAAUGCUUUACCCACAAGUAGAAUAGCUAGACAGUAACCAACAUAAUGGCCGGUAUCACCACUGUAUUUGCUGGUGUAGUGCUAUGUAUGUAGAGUUCUAUAAUGUGUGUCAUAUACAAUAGGGAAGAGUGGGGUAAGUUGUCACACUCCAACUCCUGUUUAUAACUCCAACACUAGAGGCUCUAUCUAAAAAAUAGGCACUUUGUGUGACGUGUGGUCAACGUCGCUCUAAUCUGACGUUAGCACAAUUUUCUAGUUUUUUGAAAAAAUUCACACUUUAUGUUUUAUGCAAUACAACAUUAGCACACAUAUCAGUUUGAGGCAUGUUGUCUCAAUGACUUUGGGGGAAGUCGUCACAGGCUUUUCACACUGGAAAUAGUUAAUCCUAGGGUUUCAUAACCGUGGAUUAAUUUUAGGGAUAAUCCCGCUUCUAAAUUACAGUUGCAAAAUGAACCUAGGGUUAAAAGCAGGGUUUGAACAAAGAUAACCCAGGGUUAAGCGCAGUGUGAAAAGCCCUAGAGUUAAUAUUUCCAGUUUUGGUUUGAAUUGAAAAAUUAAAAUGACCAAAUUACUAAAAUCUCUUAUUAUUUUAGAUAGUCUAGUGUGACAACUUACCUGGUCAAAAGUAAACAUUCUCUAUUCAACAGUCUAAAACUCCGUAAUGACAUAAGAUAUAAAAAUAUAAUUAAUGCAACUUGUAAUUAUUGUGCCCAAGACUUCCUACUUUCAUUUGGUAUGAGAUUUAUACCAUUGUGAUGUAUGGUGUUCAGUCAAUGACAGUGUGAAAAGUGUGACAACUUACCCCGCUCUCCUCUACAUACAGUACUAUGCUAGCCACACGGUUUCUACGACGACUACUCCCAUAUCCAAGAAUGUGGUGCUCUGUUCACUCCACUCUUUUCAAAUACUGGGAUUGCCUAUCCAAAUGACACUAUUCUUACCCUUUCCAUAGAUUCAUUGAGGGUUGAGGUUCAGAUCCAUGUCUGCUAAUUUCACUUAUCAACAUUAAUUUGUUUUACGCGUGUUGUGUACGAGUGUCUUGCCAGUAGGAAACGUGAGCAACAUUGCAUCUCAUUACUUUUGGGAUUGGUGGUGCCACUUUUCCUAAUUGUUUCUGUAUGCAGGUACGAUAAGAAUUUCAUACGUUGAGAAUCGUGUGGAUUGUGAAAUUAAGUGGAAACAUUAGCUGAAAGGUGCUAAAAUGUUGAAAAGGAGUCCAUAUUGUGAUUACGAGGUACAUCUUUGAUUUUAUGUUGACCCAUUAACGCUUAUUUGUCUUUUUUGGCAUUUAUUCAUUACAUAACCAUUAUUUAAAUAGAAAAGUUGCACACUCAUCAUGAGAAAAGCAUAGAUCAUGCCUUCAUCCCACGUCCAUAUGUUUUCACCAAUACUGCUGCGUCCUGCCUUUUAAGACUCUAUAGUGUACCCAUAUAAUACAAAGCACACUGAGGAUUCUUGCCAGCCACCUCAGGAACACAGACUUUGUCGAUGUGUGCGUGUGAUGUUGAAUGCAUGCAGAAGCCCUUUUGUUAACAAAUGCCCUUGCAUACUGUAGGAUGGUAUGCAAGUAAUUGAACAAGCCAGGGCACAAAACCCAUCUUAUCCUUUUAGAAGAAUGGGAUUCUCAAAACGAUCUAAGAUUAUUAGCAAGAGUUAUAUGUCCAACUGAUGCUCUCAAAAUAUAUUAAAUAGCAUCUCCAUAGCUGCCUCGUUCAGUCUGAAACUGUGGAUAUAUUGUUUUUAAUAUGUUCACUAUGACAGCCGUACAUUUGUAUUACUCUAGAGAUUUAACGCCUAUGUAUACCAACUUUUAAAGAAUUCCGCUGCUUUCAUUGUUGUCUUAACACAACCUAUAGCUUUAUAAAACGCCUCCAUGUUACGCAGUUUCUUAAUUCACAGCUGCAGUGGUAUCCUUUAAAACGUAUCCAAAUCUAGGUGUAUUGUUGUAUCCGAAUACUUCAUAUACGUUAAGCACAACUGGGAAAAAAACUGUAAUUGUCAUAGAAGCUUUGCCUAUUGAUUACUGUGGUAUAUUAAUGUAUCAGCAAUCAAAGCAAGCCUUUAUCUAUAUAUAUAUAUAAUCAAUACUCAACUGAAUGUCAUUGCAGACUUUACUGUUCACACUCAGGCAUGUUUUUUGGAAAAAAGGAUAGCCCUCAUUUGCUAUACACACAUACAAACAAUAUAAAUAUACAGUGUAUAUAUAGAUAUGAAAGGUUGAAUGUAUGAUGAACAGACCAGAUUUAAAAGCAUGCGUGAUUCAGAUAAAUGACUUCAUUAUGUGUUUAGGUAGUGACAUAAGUGAGAGAGAGUGAUCAGCUAUUUAAAGAGCGACUAGUUUAUGAAAAUGUUAGGCCUUGUUCAGACUGCGCACAAAUCUGAAUUGAUUGUUGGGUUUUUUGGGCUAACUGAAGGCACUGUUGUUUUGAAUGUAUGAAAUUACAUUCAGGUUUUUUUUAGACUGUGAAGUCAUUAUCCAAUAUAGUGGGGUCCAAUAAAGUAUGUAACCAGACUGAUAUCAGUCUAUUACUUCUGCAAAUGACUAAAUUUACUGUUUAGUAAAACAGUUAAUAGUUGUAAAAUUACUGAGCCCCUAAGGUGAUAUUGGAGUAAAAAAAAUCUAAAGUUUACUUUCAUGUGCUCACGCGAAACCUUCAUUUGCAGAUUUUUUUUUACAUUUCGUUUUGCAUGCGCACGUGAAACUAUUGAGGGCGCGUCGACGUGCAAACAACACGGCCAGACCGCUGGUAGGCAGUAACCACGCGUGUAACCACAGUAGCAGCGCAAACGUCAAAGAAGAAGCAGCUUAGCAAGUUAACUCACAAACGAAGAAGAAACAGCUACUUGUUGUGUAUAAUUUGAGAAGACCAGCAAUGAUGGAAGUAAAUAAACAGCGACUUUUGUUGCAGUUUGAGUUAAAUCACUCCUCAACUUGGCUCAUCUUUGUUUUCACCGUCACAAACGGAAAUACCUAUGACGCAGGUUUUUUUACCUGACGGGAGGGGUUCUGGUGGACCAAUCACAGCGCUUGUGGUCCGCGUAGAUCUGACGCGCUGUUAAAUUUUUUGUGAGGUGCGCGUCAGGCUACACAGAGCUACGCACUGGCUACGGAUAGCCUAUGCCGUAGCUACGGUGUAGAACCUACGCACGACUAUAAAUCACCCUUAAAGCGUGCGCACGUAAAACUAGCGCGUGCACACGUAAAGCGAAAGUUUAAAGUUGCACGUGAAACUAUCAUGUUUAGUUUCGUGUGCGCACGCAAAAGUUUCACGUGCGCACUCAAAACUAAACACAAUAGUUUCAUGUGCGCACGCGAUAGUUUCACGUGCACAUGCGAAACUAAACUUUAUUUCAUUUUUGCUCCAUGUCCCUUUAGGGGCUCUGUAUAAAAUAGACACUGACUAUGUUAUCUAUUUUAUACAAAGAUCAGAUUUCCCUGCUUUUAUUGAAACAAAUUAAAUGUAAAUGUAAGCAAAAGGGGAAAGUACUAAACAGUCUUGAAUUUGUACGUAUUUUAUGAGUUGGCUAAUUUGUUUGAAUUCGUAUGAAGUGAAUCGUACAAAAAUGUAAAGUUAUUAUACAAAUAAAAAAAUAAUGAAACCCCACCCAUAACCCCAAUGUCACUGUAAUUAAUACCAAUUAGCCACUUCGUAAAAUACGUACGAAUUGCCUUGAGAUUGUGUUGGUACAAAAAUGUCAAAGCUCUAAUAAAACUUGUGCUGAUAAAAAGUAUUAAAUAAUACAAAUAUCAAACAGAAGCAUUUUUGUAAGAUUUUGGACCCCACUAUACGUUGUCUGCCAUAACAAAUGACUUAAGAAUCAGAACAAUGCCAAAACAUUUGCUAUAACUGAGUAACAUAUUUUACAAAGUCAUGCAUAUGUUCUGUCUAAAAUCUCUUAUUCGCUAUUUACCAACAACAAAAAGCCACGUUGUUUACUAUAUAUGUUCACUAUGUGAGCUUUAGACAUUACUGCAUGCUUCUUAUGGCGAGACAUACUGUACAUUGUCAGAAAUAAAGGUAAAGAAGCUGUCACUGGGGCAGUACCCCUUCAAAAAGCACACAUUUGCACAUAAAGACUGCAUAUGAAUAAUUACAAAGAUAGAUAUUGGUACAUAUCUGUAGCGUCCCAGUGACAGCUUUUUUGUACAUUUAUUUAAGACGCGUCCCCAAUGAGAAAUACACAAUUAAGUUUUGAUUGUUCAUAUUUAAACAUUUGCUGCCCGUCUGAACGAGGCCUUAUUAAACUUAGCUCAUCUUAUCUUUACAUGCACAGAUCAUCACUUCUCUCCACUGUUUAAAGAGAUCUGCUUGAUGUCACCUGGUUGACAAAUAAUGAACUGGGAGCUUCAGUAAAUGAGUGUUGGUCUGCAUGUGUCUAUAUGUGUAUGUGACAUUAUCCCCACAUUGUCAUCCGGAAAGGCCUGAAAAUUCAUUCCUUGUACAAAGCCUUUGUUUUUUAGGAAAAAGAAAAAACUGACAGCUAUAUACAAUAAGAGGAACUGACCAACAGAUGGAGGACUCAAUGUGUUCUCUGGAUGUGAUAUAAGAAAUGUUAUGCACUUUACAAGGAUCACUGGACACUUAAUGCUGAAACUAAAAGACAAUCUUGGAAAGAGAACAAGAGAUGCAUCUUUUCCUUCCAAAAGAUUAUAACUGUAAAGAGAUCUAUGAAUAAUGGUGAUAACAAUGAUUAUGAGGAUGAAUAUAUUAUAAACCAUGAUAAGC